AUGGGAAAUGCUGAUUUGGAUGUUGUACCUGUUAAGUCAGGCACUAGAGACUAUGAACGUGUAACAGAGCUGUUCAAACAAACAUGUACCCAAAUGACAGAAAUCCUGAAGAUUGAAAGAGUUCAGAACAAAACACUGUACAAGCAGUAUAUGGCCAUGAGGCAGCAAAUGCUGAAGACAUGCAAGAAACCAGAAAAAGAGAACUUAUGGCAUGGAACCAAUGAAGAGGCAGCACAGGGCAUCAUCAAACAUGGUUUCAACAGAAGCUACUGUAAUCUAAAAUUUUGCGCCUAUGGACAAGGUGUUUACUUUGCCACAAAAGCAGACUACUCCAGCAGAGAUCAGUAUGCAAAGGCAGACAGCAGUGGGGCCCGCAACAUCUUCAUGUGCAGGGUUCUUGUUGGUCAGUACGUGGCAGGAUCCAAAGAAAUGCGGGUGCCACCACCCAUACCUUCUACAGAUGGCAAACACUAUGACAGCACAGUUGAUGACGUCAAUGAACCAAAUAUUUUUGCUGUCUACAGUGAUGUGCAAGCAUAUCCAGAAUAUCUGAUCAAGUUCAAAUAA